UGGCUGUUGAUGUGCAAAUGUGCAUCAUGUUGAAGGGCUGUGAAUGGGGAGGUGUGACGUAAAAAGGGACCCGAACGCAGGUGCUUAUCUCGAGGCUGUCAAAGGCACAGUAUGUCAUAUUCCUGGGGACUACCUUUCAAAGCCACAGCACCAGCUCAGCUAUCAAGAGACUGGGAGAAAAUCAAACUUUUUGGAUCACAGCACUAGAUAAUGAAUUAAAUGAUCACUUCUUGAGAGAUAAUAAGUGUGAAAGCGUCAACCAGGGUGAACAGAGUGGAUCUGGCGUCUUGUCCUACAGAGCGCUCGGAAAACUACAAUCAAAGAUGGAUUCUGAAGGUGAGGAGCAAACCUUGAAAACAUGUCACAGUAGCACAGGGCUGGCCGACUGCAACAGCGAGACUCACAGCCCAUAUGGGCCCAUGGCGAGGAAAAGGAGUGCUCAGGAAGGGGUGCAGGGUGCCCCCGUCAACAAGAGAAAGUCCCUGCUGAUGAAGCCCCGCCACUACAGCCCCAGCGAAGCAUGUGAAGAGGAGAGUGAGGACCUGGCACCGCCACAGGACAAAGAAGAGCUGAGGAACAUUGACACUCCAGCAGAUGGAAACUUAAAUGCGGUCAAUGGAGUGGUCAACAGAAAUGGCUGCCAUGACGUGGCAGCAAAAUCCAGCAACUCCCUUGGAUGGUCGGAAGUCACAUCUAAUGGCUCUCCACAGUGUGAGCCAGACACCUCUGAACCUCUGAUGGAUGAAGAUGAUGAAGAGCUUCUUAAUACCGAAGAAGAAGACCAAAGUCAAGACAGGAUGAGCAGUGCAUCAUCACCACAGAGUCCGUACAGAGACAUGAGGGAGGCUGAGUGGGAGCCUCUGUCUCUGUCUGCUAAGCUGAACAGCUCAAACUGCAGUCCUUCCAGAGCCUCUGAAGACCUUUCAAGCAGGAAUGGCCAUGUGAAAGAAGAGCCUCACCUAGAAUUAGGUGGUCCGAUGGGUCGAGCGAGUCUUUUUCAGGCUGAAGCUUUAAGAUACAGGCUGUUACCCACUGAGGAGGACAGUGAGGGGGAGGCGGAGGUGGAGAGGCCGCCCCGGCUAGACAGCUGGGCUCUGGGUCUCCACGAGAGAGGCCUCGAAAUGAGCCGGGGGAGAGUGAACAUGAGCCUGUUGGAGCAGGCCAUAGCUCUGCAGACAGAGCAAAGACAGGUCUUGCACCAUGCCUACAGAGAGAUGGACCGCUUCCUCAUGGAGCAGAUGACCAAUGAGAGGAGGCACCAGAGGAUGAUGGACAUGGACAGCAGAUUGAACUACCACGGAGGAAAAGAUUCUCCACGGACAGAUAAAAAGGAUAUAAAGUGUCCAACUCCUGGCUGUGAUGGCACUGGUCAUGUGACAGGCCUGUACCCACAUCACAGGAGUUUGUCUGGGUGUCCACAUAAAGUCCGAGUUCCCCCAGAGAUCCUGGCCAUGCAUGAGAAUGUCCUCAAGUGCCCUACACCCGGGUGCACAGGAAGGGGCCAUGUCAACAGCAACCGUAGCACCCACCGGAGUCUCUCCGGCUGCCCCAUUGCUGCUGCAGUGAAAGUCUCCAAACCUCAGGACGAGAGCCUGAAAUGCAGACAAACACCUGACCGCUCACCGAGAGCCAUCGGCUUAAUAAAGAAGUUUGAGAUGAACCAGUUGAACUACAGGCUCUCUCAUCCAGUAGCAGCCUUGCAAACUAGCCUCACAAAAGACAUGGACAAGUACAGCAGAAUCCGCUUUGAUUACGCCAGCUUUGAUGCACAAGUCUUCGGCAAACAGCCUCUGAUGGGGGCCAACCAGGACCAGGAAAUGUCCCACUUUCCUGACUCACCUCAGCAGUAUCCUGGCUUCCUUGGUGCUCCAGGUGGCCGCCUGCCCACCUCUGGUCAGCACAGCCCGCCGAGUCAAUUCAAAAAAGAAGAUGGUCUCCAAGCCGCAGCAGCGACAGCCGCCAUCCUUAACCUCUCCACUCGCUACCGGAAGAACAUGGAGGCUGUCGCCGGCCGGCCCUUGGCAACCUCCACAAAGGACAUGCUCAUAGAGGUGGACGAAAACGGCACCUUGGACUUGAGUAUGAAGAAGUGCAAGGAAAACGUAAAAGCCCCGACCAAGACACCUCCACACGACCCACUGUCCCCUCCUGAGUCUGCUGUGGCCAAAGGCGGGAGCGUUCUCAUCAGCCCCUCCUUCUACCAGCCGCUGUGUGAGAGAGACAGCUGGGAGAGCCCCAUCCCUGUCAACUUCAGCAAAGCACACGUUUUACAGGACAAAGAGGAGGAUUAUGAUCAGGUCUCCUUGGAGGACCAACACUAUCAAGGGGACGGCAGUAUGAUGAGCCCCAAAGCCAAGCUGCUAUUAAGAGAUUCCAAGAAAGAGCUUUUGAGCUGUCCGACCCCAGGCUGUGACGGCAGUGGCCAUGUGACGGGGAAUUAUGCAUCGCAUCGGAGUGUGUCUGGAUGUCCCCUGGCUGACAAAACACUCAAAUCACUGAUGGCAGCCAACUCUCAGGAACUAAAGUGCCCAACACCUGGUUGUGAUGGAUCUGGACAUGUGACUGGGAACUAUGCUUCGCACAGAAGCUUGUCAGGAUGUCCACGUGCCAGAAAAGGAGGUUUGAAGCUCACACCAAACAAGGAUGACAAAGAUGAGCAAGAGCUUAAGUGUCCAGUAAUUGGAUGUGACGGACAGGGCCAUAUAUCGGGAAAAUACACAUCCCACCGCAGUGCAGGCAGUUGUCCACUUGCUGCCAAAAGACAGAAGGAGUCAUCCAUCAAUGGACUGCCCUUUGUCUGGAAGACCAAUAAACAGGAACUGCCCCAUUGUCCCUUGCCUGGCUGCAAUGGCCUUGGACAUGCCAAUAAUGUGUUUGCCACUCACAGAAGCUUGUCGGGUUGCCCACUGAACGCACAGAGUAUCAAGAAAAAGCACUCCGAAGAAGAGAUGAUGACUAUCAAACUGAAAGCCAGCAGUGGUGUUGAAAACAAAGAAGAUAUUCAACAUUUGGAUCACGAAAUCAAAGAAUUGAAUGAAUCUAACAUGAAAAUAGAAGCAGACAUGAUGCAACUCCAAACCCAGCAGAUCUCGUCUAUGGAAUGUAACCUGAAGACAAUUGAAGAGGAAAACAAGAUGAUCGAACAGCACAAUGACAGCCUUCUGAAGGAGCUCGCUCGCCUUAGCCAAGCUCUCAUUAACAGUCUUACAGACAUUCAGCUGCCUCAAAUGGGACCCAUCAGUGAGCAUAAUUUUGAAGCCUAUGUGAACACAUUAACUGAUAUGUACAACAACUCGGAGCAUGAAUACUCUCCAGAGUGCAAGGCCCUCUUGGAUAAUAUCAAACAGGCUAUUAAGGGCAUCCAUGUUUAAGCUGUAGAGCUACCAAGAGGUUUCUUUGACUUGGGAUAAUGGCACUAGAUAGCUCUAUUUCACUGAAGAGUGCUGGCUUGGCUGCAUGUAUAAGACAAGGCUUUCGGAAAUGUGUUUGGCAUUUCCCGGUAAAUAUACUGCACUGAGAAAAUUACCAGCCAGAUUUGUAAUGCUUUUACUGUUUCUGCAUUCACUUGAUAUGUUUAUCCUGGUGAGAUUUUUUUUUUUUUUUUUUUUUACCCUUCUUGCACUUAAUUAUUUUGUAUGGUUUGCUUGAUUUUAAUCUGUACGUGUUCAUGUCAUUCUUAUAAUAUCGCUAUUUAUUAUUAUAUUUGUUCAUCAGUGUAUUUAUUUCCUUGAUUUUUAUUUAUUUCUAGAACUGUAAAUGCUUAAUAUUUGAGAAAUCUGUUUGACUUUCUGCACAUUGUAAAUUACAUAGAAGCACAUUCCAAUUUCAUGGCAUACUUUCGCCAUCUAGUGUUGAAAAACCUAUAUUAUUAUUACUAUUAUUAUUAUGAUUAUUAUGAUUAUUAUUAUUAUUAGACCAUAAGUUGAAUUUCCCUUCAAAGUGAAAACCUACCAAAACUACUAAGCAUUAAUAUUUUUAAGCAUUGCUUUGCUUUCUUUAUUGGAAACUGAAUGUAUGGUAAGACAAAGUGAACAUUGAGAUUAAAAAAAAAAACAAACAACAAAACAUGCAAUGCAAAUGUACUGUACCUUUUUCUACUCAACCAAUAACAGCUGGAUGCAACCAGGAGGUGACACUGAGCAAAAAUGCAACAUCAUUUGGUGAACUGAAUGUCAGAUUCUGCUUUGCAUAGCGUGCCACAAGAAGAGUGCAACGAAAAUCAAAAAUUCACUUUGUCAAGAUGUCUUUCUUUUUUAAAAAUAUAGAUAUUAAACUGCCUUCUGUGCACACACUUUGGAGUGUGCAUAUAGUAUGUGCCUAAAUGUAUAUGAAUCCAUAAAAAUAUACAAGUACUAUGUUUUGUGGUAGGACAGUAUUAUGUGGAUGGUGUCUAAUUUAUUAUACAGUACAAUUAUUUUCAUAGGAGGAAACGUUCCUGAUGACUGUUUAAAUACCGUUGUCUCAGUAGCUGUAAUCUCAGAGUCAGGUUUUGAAAUAUCACGACUGAGAUUGAAAGUCUGGUGUUUAUUUUAAUUUUUGCUGGCAUGGAGAAGAGACAAAAAGGAAGGAGUGAAUUAAAAAAAACAAAAAACAUCUACUCCUAUCUUAUCUAAAACUGCUUACAGGCCUUAAUAUUUCAACCAGUCUUACAGUAUGAAUAUUCUUGGGGCAGAUUUGAAUAGUAGCUAUUUCAAAACCGAGCUGACUACCAUUACAACUCGCAUUUCAGUUUCAAUCAUUAAAUGCAAAAAAAAAAAAAAAAGAAAAAAGAAAAAAGAAAUGAAAACAUAGACAAAUGAUAGUUGUUGGCUAAUCAGUUGUUUGUUUGCAUCAAUUGCACUUUUGUAUUUUAAUUAUUUUGUGUUUUUAGUUCACCAUACUGCCCUCGACUUCAACAAAAAGAGGAAAAUGGGACGCUGUGGUCGUGUCACGGUACUAUACAUUUGAAUCUCUCAAUUUUACAUGAGGUUAAUCCCCAGAGUUAAAUGAGUAAUUCAUUUGAGCAAGACAUUUUUCAUUUCUGCAAAAAGACGUCAAAAACAUGUAGCCUAGGACAUUUUGAAGAAAAAAAUGUAACAGCAAAUGAGCCAAAUUACAGAAAAAUAAGACCCUAUUUUAUCCAAAUACUCAAUAUUUUAAUUUUUAUCUUUUAAAAACUGAAUCACAAUCUUUAAACCUAACAAUCCUUUAUUUAUAAUUUCGUAUAUUUAAUUCCUACACCACACAUUGUUUGCUCAGGAAGUUUUGUGAAUAAUAUUUAUUUUUUUCCCUGUUAGUAUUUGAUGUUUUGUAAUGUGAAAUGCUUUUCUGUGGAACGAUAUUAGUAUGAUAUGAAAUUGUACUGUAUUUUCUUUUCUUUUACAUUAAAAUGUAAUGCUUUUUUCAGUUGAGGUAGUUUGUAAAUUGAAACUUCCUAUUACUUUUACUAUUUCAUAAUAAACAGAUAUGCGCUGUGUUGUACAGUUUGUGUAUGGUAGAAAUAAACUUUUCAAACGGU